AUGGCUGGGAGUUCACAAGAGUCCAAGAAACUCAAGAGGAUCCAUGCAGUUGACAGACUGAGUGGUCUUCCUGACAGCAUUCUCCAUCACAUCCUCUCGUUCCUCGAUACGAAAUCUGUGGUUCGAACGAGCCUUCUGGCGAGGAGGUGGAGAUGUUUGUGGAAACAUGUUCCCGCCCUCAAUUUUAUACAGACGUCCUUUCCUAACUUGUCCAGUUUCACAAAGCAUAUAAACAAGGUCUUGUCUCUCCGCUUUCAAACGAUCCCUGUUGGCAGCAUCACCUUCGACAUCUGUGGAGAUAAGUGGGGAGGUGCUAUGAAAACAUUUGAAAAGAUCAUGAAAUAUGCUGACUCUCAUGGUGGUGGUCUUUACCACUUGUCCUUUGUCGAUGACAAGUUCCAAUUUGAAAUCGGAGGGAUCUCUGAUGUCAUUGCCGCUUCUCAUUGUAAUGAAUCUGUCAAGACACUCAUGUUUAGGAAAUGCACUCUCAAGAGAGAAUUUGGUUGGCGCUUCAACUUGCUUACAACUCUUGAGUUGUGUCAAUGCCGCCUGGACCCUUAUCCUGUUGGGGAGCUCUUUGAUCCGUUUGCGAAUCUGCCUUGUCUGAUGUACCUGAAGCUACUCCACUGCAUUUUAUAUUCUAGUGGCUCUAGGGUUAUGAUAUCAGGACUUCAGCUGCUUGACCUUAAAAUCGAGUGUCUCAACUUCAACGGCGUCUAUGAAGUGACGGCCCCAAAGCUCAAGUCCUUAUGUUUAUGGAGUUAUGACUUUGAGCGACGUCUCCCCAUUUUGAAUCUCCCCGCUCUUGAUCAUGCAAACAUCCGUCUUGGUUGGUUUGUACCAUACCGUAAUGCAGGAUCGAAAGAGGACAGUGCAGGAUCGAAAGAGUACAAUCGUGCUUUUAUGAAGUUUUUGCAAGACCUGCAGAAUGCAGAAUGUCUCCAGCUACGUUUCAACAAGGUAUGA